AUGGCAAAGUUAAUCGUAAACUCAAUUAUAAAGUUCGCUGUGCACUUCGGUAUCCUACAAUUGGCAAUCAAGUCAUCUUGGGUUGUUGUGCAGGCUGCGGAAGAAAAGGGGGUUGAUCCUGUUUACUCGGCCACAAACAACGCGGCGGGCGCCGAUUCCUUCAAGAUGAUCAAUGAUUAUGAGCAUAUGGGUGAGGAUCGUCUUGGGGAGCAGCGAAUAAGUGAUCGUUCCGAUGUCUUUACGCUCUCGAGUGAUCGUCGCAGUGUGGUGGAGUGUGGUGGAGUCUACAAACGGUUGCAGAGUGAGAUUCGGUCGCCCAGUUUCCCCGACGACUAUCAGGGACAUUUGCACUGCGAGUACACCUUCAAGUCACCGUUCGUGUGUAGCAGUCAGUACCAUUUUCAGUUCGUUGAUUUUGCUCUCGAACCAUCGCGUAACUGCAGCAAGGAUCGGUUAGUCAUCGGUGAUGUGGAGGUCCUCUGUGGGACGGUGAUUGGUUCGAAGCUGUACGAUGCCCCCGGCGGAUUGUUGCGCAUGAAGUUCAUCACUGAUGGUUGGGGAUCGGGACGGGGUUUCCGUCUCGUUGUCACCAGACAACCGUGCAGUGAGGAUAGCGAGGCUGCCGAAUCAUCGACGGCAUAUUCCGUGUUCACCACGAUUCAGGUUGCUGAUGAGCCAGAUGACAGCAAUGAAGAUACGACUACGGACCCACCAGAAGCAGGUGAUGGUAGAAUUGUGAGCAGUCGACAAGAUAUUCCGCCCGAGUUCAACCCCAGCGGCAAUGGGUAUCUACCUCCACCAACUUCUCCUACUCCCACGUACCCUUCGCCAACCUAUCCACCAAUAACGUUUCCCUGUCGGGCGCCAUGUUCGUAUCCACCGUGGGGAUGUUCCGUACCAAACUAUCCAGUAAUGCCAAUACUUCCUCCACCAAGAUAUCCUUGUGAUCCAAGAAUUCAAUCCUGUUCGCCUUCUUACCCAAACUAUCCAACGUAUCCACAGCACCCUGUUCCGGUGCAACCACAAAACCCGGCUUGUCCCAUAGCUCCUUGUGUUCCCGUACCGUCCGUCCCACAGUAUCCUCAGUAUCCUUCAUAUUACCCAGGAUAUCCAACGACGGGGACCGAAGGAACAACCUCUCUUGGAGGACCACCGCCUGGUUACGAACCGGCAAAGACGGAAGUCAAGCCCGAAUUCCCAGAGCCCACAACGGAACGUGUUCCGGAAGGCGUUGAACCGGAGAACCAGGUGUCAUUUGUGCCUGGGGUUGGCCCAACUUGUUGCAGGAAUGCAUUCACCCAGCGUCGGUUCUAUCUUACCAGCGCCAACUUCCCUUCUCUGACGACCGUCAAUCAGGACUGUGUCGUGCAGAUACACCGGAACUCUCCCUACAUUUGCCGUUUGGUGAUUUCGUUCAAAUUCUUCCUCCUAGGAAACGAUCAGUUCCCGGGAUGUCCUGGUGGGUUCGUGGAGAUCGAUGGGCAGCGUAUAUGUGGCUGCCGAACGGGACAAGUGUACCGCACGGCAGACUUUGGUCCAUACCCGUCCAAGACGAUACGCAUUCACACCCGAGCUGGAAGGUUCCCUACCGUGCAAGGAUUUGUGCUGGAUGUGUAUCAGGAGGAAUGUCCGCAAAGGUUCCCGCUUAAGCGCAGCGACAGCUACGACAGAGAACGCUUUGUUGAGCAUCCACCACGGCAACAGCAAUACAGACAACCGCAGGACAACCGAUAUACCUACGAAAUGGGUCGAGUUGAGGGAAGACAGCUUGCCGUUCCGCUUCGUACCGUCCAAACCACUAACACAACGCAACAGAUCACACAUCAGUACUACGUGUACAAUUUGGACGAUGCGAAACCAAUCCGACGCCCGCAGGACAUCCCAAUCGUGACCGAAGAAAGUCAACAGCAGGUGGUGCAGUAUCGCCCAGGGGUAAAGGAUUCGCAGAAAUUCGUUCAACUGCCAGCUUCUUCGCAAUCAACCGGACCGAACCGUUGCCUGUUUACCACGCUCGAUUGGCUACGAUUAAAGCUGGACUGGUUGUGGAUCUUUAAGCCAGUAUGCUUAGCGUGA